AUGUACAAAGAUGAGAAAGAGAAGUUGAAGAAAUACUUCAAGGAAAGUAAACAAAGAGUCUCUCUUACAACUGAUACAUGGACCUCUCCAAACAACUUCAAUUAUAUGUGUGUGACAGUGCACUUUAUUGAUAUCCAUUGGAAACUUCAAAAGAGGAUCAUCCUGUUUUGCUUGAUCAAGGGUCGUACUGGAGAGGAGAUUGGGAAAAUGCUUGAGAAAUGUUUGCUGGAUUGGGGUCUAGAAGAUCUUUUUGGUGUGACUUUGGACAAUGUAAGGUGUGAUGCGCAUGUUCUUGUGCUUGUUGUCAAAGAUGCUGUGUUGUUGUAUCACAAGUCAGUUGGAAGGAUCAGAUCAGUUAUCAAGUUUGUUACCGGUUCUCCCUCUAGGUUGGCCAAAUUCAAAGAAUGUGCUGCUCUCGAGAAGAUUGAUUGUAAGAAGAUGGUUUUCCUUGAUGUGAAGACUAGGUGGAAUGCUACGUAUCUGAUGCUUGAAGCUGCCAUUCCAUAUGAAAAGGUAUUUAAGAGGUUAGAAAGGGAGGACAAGAGCUUUCGUUCUAAGUAUAUUUUCAAAGAAUCUGAAAGUGAAGCUUUACCUAAUACCGAUGAUGAUACUGUUGUAAUUGAUAAUGAAGAUUAUUAUCUUAGUUCAUCUAGUGAAUCUGAACGUCAGGGAGAUGUAUCUAGAAAGAAGAAUACUAAGAAAAAGAACAAGCUCCGUCAUCAUGCUCCCUAUGCUGCAGACUGGUCAUAUGCUAGGUGUCUUGUUAAGUGUUUAAAAAUCUUCUUUGAUGUUACUGUUAAGUUCUCGGCUUCAGUUCAGGUUACUUCACAUGAAUUUUUAUGGCAGUUGGCAUUGAUCCAUGAACAAUUGGUUCGUCUUAGAGCUAUAGGAAACCGAGAUCCUCAUAUUUCUAGGAUGGCAGAAAUAAUGUUUCGGAAGUAUAACGCAUAUUGGGGGGAUUAUGAAGAUAUGAACUCUGUUAUGUAUUUUGCUAAGUUGCUUGAUCCUCGGGAGAAAGAAUCUGGUUUGAAAUUUGAUCUGGAAUGUUUGUAUGAGCAAAAUGAUUUCAGGGUUACAACUGUUUUGAAGGCUGUGAAACAAGAUAUGUGA